AUGGCUUCAAAUAGCGCUCCACGCAAACCCCGUAAGAAAGCAAGACCUCUCUCCUUUUCUACCGCAAAUAUCGGUACCUCUCCAUCACAAGGAUCAGCCGUCUCAUCACUCACUUCACCUUCGCAAUUGGUUUUGGGAUAUGCAGCUGGUCAGUUGAUUCGCACACCAUCUGUGUCUUCAUCUUUCAAUAUUGAAGAUCGAAAAUCUCCGAGGUCGCCUACGCCGCGAUCUAAGAUUGCAUCUAAAAUUGAAUCUAAGAUUGCAUCGCCACAGUCGCGUGCAAGAGUGAAUCAUCCAUAUCGCGCUUUGGGAAACAAAGCUGAUUUAGCUCACUUUGCAAACUCACAUUCACCAUUUGCGAACACCGAAACUUCACAAAGCGAUCUUUUAAAGAGGAAAACGCCGCGGACUGGGGAAAUACCAGUUCUUGCAAAGAUGGCGAAUUUACAUGUUGGGGACACCGAUGCGCUUGCUGAUAACUUGAUGGGAGAUCCUUUGAGCUUACCAGCGAUGAAUAUGGAUACUGGUGCUUCGGCGCCAGAUUCGAAUGUAAAAAAUCUCAGCGGCGACAACAAAAUUCUCAAUCUUUCUCGCACUGAGGGUAAUAGAGAAAAGAAUCAAGCACCACUUGUCGAACCACCAACUCCCGCACAAGAACCAUUACUCACAAUCAAUUCCGAAUUUCCCAUCAACACCGACGCAAAUAAACAGCAAUGGAAAGCCGCAGUCAAAGCGAAUAAUCCUCCUCGCAACCCCUUCCCCUUGAGUAUCCCAAACCAAGUUCAUCGACGCACUACGAGCCAAGGACAGGAAAUCCCAUCGGAUAAUAUGCAUACCGGGAUGGCUUCGUCAAAUGUCGCAAAUGCUUAUACCCAAAUGAUCGAAAGUGUUGAGAAAGCAAAUGGGACUCAGGGAAACUCGAACAUUCAACAAACUACAAUGACGACAGGUAGAAAUCCCUUUUCGGGACCUGCUGCGUUAGAUGCAGCACCGGAUUUUGAAGCAAAUUUCGCGGAGAUGAUGCAGACGUUGGAUAAUGCGAAACCCGGGGAGUUGGUGUUUGGAAUGGAUAUGGGUGGGCAGCUUGCGCAGGCUUCUUCGGUGGGGGCAGCGAUGAGAAAGGGGUUUGAGGAUGGGGCGAGGGAGAGAGUGAGGGUGCAACGUGGGAAUUCUUCGACUGUGCAGGAUGGUGUGAUGGAUAGUGGUAGUCGAGAUGGUGGGUUGGCGUCGGGAGUACAGGUCAAUACGCCAGAUCGUUCUUCGAUUGCUCAGUUGAGAUCGCCUUUUCGGACAUCGGUGCAGAUGCAAAUGCAAGCUAUGAAUCAUCCUACCACGCAAGAGAUGGUGAUGAAUACUGGAAGCCAAGCUGGCGGUAUGUCGUCGGCAGUACAGGCCAAUACGCCAGAUCGAUCUUCAACAUUACAAUUGAGAUCCCCUUUCCAAACAUCGACGCAACCUGCUAAUCACUCUACAACUCAGCAAAACAUUACGAACAAUGGAAAUCCAUUCGAAGGAACAUCACAUUCAACAGUCCAACAGAGUCUCAUUGACCCUUCACUCGGAUCUGGCUUUUCAAAUACUACGCAGAUGCCUCAAUCUAGUAGUCAGGGAGAUUCAAUGAAUAACGAUGGAUAUAAUAACAUUGGUGUUCAAGAUGAUAAUGCGUCAUCUUCGGAUAUUAUUGGGGAUUUCGCUCGAGAAUAUGGUUCUGCAAAUCAUAAUGCGUGGUUAACGGCGGAUAUGAAUGAGUCUUCGAUUCAAGAAACUUCAGCUGCGGGUAUCACUCCAGCAGCAAACAUGAUCGGAGUCUCACCUUCAACUCAUGCGAAUACAGGAGUAAAUAUGGUUGGGUCGUCAACUCAAGCACCUUUGCCUAACGUUGGUACUCAUUCAAUGGAUGGAAUUACAUUUACUGGAAACAACCACGGGGAUCUGUCAAGUGUAUCUGAUGGAUAUAACAUGAAUUUUGCGCCAAAUACUUCGAGUCAAGCAACGGGUGGUGCUCUUGCGUCUGGACUUGGACCAGCUACAAGCACUUAUCAACAGUCUUCUCCUCAACAAGUUAUACGUCAAAGUAGUGCCACUGCUACACAUCAACACACUCCCAACAACUCAAUGGGAUCGGGACUUGGGUAUAUGGGCUCACAAGUAUUGAACUCCCCCAAUCGUCCUGUUCAGUCGGAGCUCGACUUACGCAGAUCCGCUACACCUAUUCAGUCAGCCAUUCAUUACUCCAACGCAGGCUCACCAACAAUAGUGAAUGCAAUCGCUAGAUCGACAAGAUCCAGCUCCACACUAGCAGCUCCUGAGGUUUCUUUUGACGACAUCGCUCCAAAUCCUUUACAUUCAGCUAGUUUUCAUCGAGACACUCCGCAAAUGCCAGAUACGCCUAUCUUUUCAAGUAUUAAUCCUUUACAUCCGCCGAGUUUUCAUCAACCUACACCUCGUGCUCAAUGGCCUACAUCGCGUGUUCCGAUCCCUCCAAAUCCUGCCGUAUCGGGUAAUACACCGGGUUAUUUCGAGCCGUCUCCAAUCUUUAACUCACAGCAAAAUGAAAGUUUGAAUGCGAAUUCGAAUACAAAUUUGAUGAACUUGAAUAGAGAUAUGCUUAUGCAAUUCAAUCCUGCUUUUCAACAACAUCAGCACAUGCUGAAUCAAAGAGGUCAGAAUAAUCUCCAAUUGCCGCAACAAUUUCACCCUCCCAUGCAAUCAGAUCAAUUCGAAGCCAUGAUGAAUCAAGCCGCAAUGGAAAAUGAAGCAAAUAUACAAGGAAAUAAUCCACCCUUCUCACCACCCGUUUCUAUCCUGAACACCUUGUUUCGUCACCGCAUCAAUCAAUUAGAAAACUUUCAACCUCUAACUGAAGAAUCCAUCGAACCCUUACGUCUCUAUCACGUUGCUGAUGGGAUUAGUUCUUCGCUUCAAGGAUAUAACCUCAAUAGUCCCAUGCCUUUUGAUGGAAACCCUCCUCCUCGACUUCCGGACUGUCUUACUACAGAUCGUCGUUCAAAGAAGAUCGUUGAUCUAGAUGAUCGUCCAUUAGCUCUAAACAAGUUAACCGUUGGAGAAAACUUUGAAUGCAAUUUUUGUACCGGAACACCAAAUCUGCGGGGAAUCGAUCGGUAUAAUCAUGAUUUCGUCGAGAUCUGGGGUCCGGCUGGUAGAGACUGGUGUGCCGAAUGUAAAAGAACCGGAAAACAUUUACUCGCUGCCUCUAUUCCCGAGAAGAACAAUAAUCAGAAAGGAAAGCGACCCGCCAAAGAUCCAGCCGGUGCCGGUCCCACCCCUAAAAAGCCAGUUCGUUCAUCAUCCACUUCUUCGACUAAGACAACUCGUUCAGCUACUGCUACGACGACAAGCUACGAUCGCUCUGCGCCUUUAUCCGAAGAGUCGAAUUUCUUUGGUGAUCCGCUUGAAAUUCUCUCGCCAAUAGAUAAUAUGUUGAUUAAUCCCUUCAUGCACAAUCUCACAUGUCGCGGCUCCGCGUAUCGACAAAUCGACUUGUCGAAGACAAAAAUCUGUUUAAGUUGUAAAUUGAGGAAGAGGGAGAUUGUGAAUCAUGGGUGUCAUGAUGAGUUUACGCAUAUUGUGGCGUUGAAUAUGGAUGGUCAGUGGCAAGUUGGGUAUGGUGGACAAGUUCCAGGCGCGGGUUUGAGAGAUGGAGAGAGUGGUUUGGAGGCUGUAGAUGGGAGUUUGGCUGAUUUGAGAUUUGAUGUGGGCAGGGAUUUGAGUGAGGGGAAUAUGACGGUGGAGGAGAUCAAUUCGAUUGUUAAUGUUGGGUUGAGCGCGGGAGGUGUGCAAGCGAGCAGUGGUGGUAUGAGUACUGGAGGUAUGAACUCUGGAGGUAUAAACUCUGGAGGUACGACUUCAAGUGGUAUGCAGCCGACCAGCACGCAAACAGACAGCACGAACUCUCACCGAAACUCCAUCAUCGACUCACGCACCAAUCUCCACACGAGCACCAGCACAGAUUUCGACCUCGACUCCGAUCUCUACUGCGACAUGAACUCCAUCCUCAACAGCUCCAUGGACUCCAUGUUCGGCAACGACGAUUUCUCUUGGGACACAUCCGGCUGGCUCAGCACGCACAGCACCUCCACCUCCAACUCCUCUGUUCUCCUCCCUACACCUACUCUCACUACAUCUACCAUCCCUACUCCCACUCCCACUCCCAGAGAAAAAACACAUGAUCACCACACCCACAUGAAUCGUCUUCCGCACCGUCCCAUCUCCAAAUCCUGCAUGAUUUGUCCCGCACCCUCCGUUUUCCUCUGCGACGGCUGUCCCUUGACGCUGUGCGAAAAAUGCAGAUAUCGACUUCGAGAUGCGAAGGGUUGGUUGAAUAAUCUGAUCUAUAGUAUUGGGGUUAAUCAUAAUCGGAAUGAUGCGUUUUUGUUGAGGAGUGAUGAUGGUGGGUAUCAUGAUUAUGGAAAGUUUUGGCCCGUUCCGGCGCAUGUGAAUGGGAAGGGGGUUUUUGGAGACGGGGGACGUUAG